AUGCCCAACUUUCUGCCCGGGAAACUCGAAAGCGAGCGAGGCUUCGAAGCAGAAUCCUCGCUACGACUCAAAGAGCUAGAUUCAAAAAAGUUACUCAUACGACCGGCCAUGACUGAAUCAAGUAAUUGGGUAACAUCACUAAUACGCCCUGAUAGAUGUGAGGAAACUAAUACUUUUGUACAUCAAAUUAUACCAUACGAAAUACGCCUUAAUAAUUAUAAUAAAGCUAGGGAACAUAUUUUCGGCCCGGACAACAAACAACCAACAUGUAAAAACCGUACGUCUAUCCGUAUUAAUGAGUUUUGGAAAACAGCUAAAAAUAAUCGGAAACAGGUGCGAAAUCUCGUUUGCUCUAUCCAGCAAAAAUCAUUCGAAUUAAGACCGUAUGCGAAGAAAGAAAUUCUCGGAUCUGAGCAUUUAGCACUUUUAGAUAGCGGAGCUCAGGUCUCGUGUUUAGGAUCUUCUUUAGCGGAAGAUGUUUGCAAAAACCAACAGUUGCGUAAGCACUCGGCGUCUGUAUAUACUGCAGAUGGAAACAAACAAUUGGUUUUUGGUACAAUUGGGUUGAAUGUCAAGUUCGAAGGCCGAGAUGAAGAAAUAAGUUUUUUUGUUAUACCGAGUAUGUCACAGAAGAUCAUACUUGGAGGUGACUUCUGGAUAAAAUUCCAAAUAGCACUCAGUAUUGUAUCCGAAGUAUCUCUUGAUCCAAAACGUUAUGAAAAUACCCUUCCUCUAAAUGGUGAGCAACAAAAUAAGUUAGAAAUGAUUAGAAAUAGAUUUCCUAACUUCGAGAAAGAAUGCUUAGGUAAAACAUCGCUCAGUGAGUAUGUUAUAGAGCUCCAACCUGGUGUCCGUCCGAUUAAACAGAGAUAUUUUCCGAUCUCACCUGCCGUGGAAAAACUUGUACAUGCAGAAAUUGAUGAAAUGCUGCUUGGUGUAAUCGAAGAGUCUCCAAAUAGUCCAUGGUCCAGUCCGAUUGCUCUAGUGAAAAAGCCAAAUAAAGCCCGUCUGUGUUUAGAUUCUAGGAAAGUUAAUAGCGUUACAAUAAAGGACGCAUAUCCCCUUCUUCAUAUUGAUGGUAUUUUAAGUAGGAUACCUUAG